CGGCGGGGCCCGGCCGCGGUUUCUCUUCCUGGGCCACGGCGGUGGCGGGCGGGCUAUGGCGGCGGCCGCUUGCUCUGGCGGGGCGGCCGCGACGCCGGGGGCCAGGUUCGUGUACGAGAGCAAGAACUUGUCCGCCCCCAAGGUGUACGUCCUGCAGCCGUGGAUCGCGAGCCUGCUGGUGAACUACGAGCAGCGGGACGCCAGCGGGGACCUGCUGGCGGGGCAGGUGCUGCGGGUUUUGAGUGACUCAAGUGCUCCAGACCAAGCUGGAGCACUCCAAGAUGCUGAACUACAAGUCUCAGAUGGGUCCUACUACAUCCGAGUGGUCAUUACAGCUGAAGCUCUGCGGGCGGAAGAAAACACCCACAUUCAUCUCAGACUUUCCAGCCUCGUUUGUAGAAUUAUCGUCUUGCAAAAGUACACAGUGUGUUUCCGGGAGGAGGCCAAGCUGGAGGACUGUGAGUUUUAUCUCACCGCCCAUCAGUUCAUCGUGCUGCCCAUGGAGAGACAGAGGAUGGAUUCGUCAAACGGGAACCACGAGCCCUCUGUGCUACAGAAGAUAAAGGAGCUCUGGCUGAGGAGUCUCUCUCUGGGGACUGCUCCCAGCUCAGAGCCAUCCAUCUCACAGCUGAUUGAUGUGAUAGGACAGAACCAGCUUGAGACUUUGAAGGAAAGUGCUGAGGAAUGCUUGGAUUUACAGGUGUCCAAAGAGACAGAGAAGGACAAGCUUCCUGUGACGCAGUGGGAGGCAGAACUCAAGAAAGAGCCACGUGAGGACAUCUUCGUGGUCCCAGCCAACGUCCUGGUAAUCCCUCCUGAGGAGGGGGUGGUUGAUGGCGAUGCUUCUAAGGCAGAUGCAUGUGGAGCAUCUUCUGAGAAAAGCAGCUAUGACAGGACGGUGCCAGGCGACCAGACUGUCAUGUCGCAGCCCAGCUCUGCAGAGUCAACAGUGGUGUCAGGGAGCUCAGAGGCAUCGCUGGACAAUCCUUGGAACAUGCUUCCCACGAUGUCUUUAACUCUGACCUCUUCAGAAGAGCAGUCCUUUCAGCACAGUUCUCCGUGCAGGCCGGAGGCCCAGCAGGAUGUGGCUGCUGACAGCAACACCCCUGACCUGCUGGAAUCGUGUAGCCGUGACUCUCCCCAGGGCUUGCUGCAGGCUGACCCGGUGCAGACUUCAUCUCCCUCGCUGCUCUCCUCGUAUGGCAGUAUCAGUCCUGUGAAGGCUGGCACGAGCCGGGCAACAUCAGCUGCAGAGGCAGCCUACACCUCCCCCUGUGCUGCUCGAGGCCCGCUGGUGUCAGGGGACUCCCAGGCCAACCUGCCGUCUCUCUCUCCAGCUUUUCCUGUCCUGCCCGGCAGCCACCUAGUAUCCCAUACCGAAGGGGUGCCUCACCGGGAGCAGGCAGACUCCAGUGGCACAGCUUUCCCUCCAGACAUGCUGAAGCAUCACCUGGCUCAUGCCAGGACCCAGGGAGGAGAAGCCCCAGAGGAGGGCAGGAAGGCCGCGGGUGCCAAGAGGAAGCUGUUGGUGGGAGGUGGCCUGGCACUGCCUGGCGGGCGUAGGUCCCUCAGUGGACUGCAGCAGAAGCAGCCUCGACGAGGUGCCUCGUGGGGCGCAGGGGGGGAGGUGCGCAGGAAGCUGGAGUCCAUGAGCACAGAGGGAGCAAAGAAGAUCAGAAGGGAGGAGCACAGGCCACAACGCAGAGAGGAGUCCCCAGAGGAGGAAGAGGAGGAAGAGCAGGCAACCUCAGUGAGCGGCCCCAGCUCCAGGCCAGAGCAGCACAGAGUUCUGCAGCCGUACGUGAAGGAGAGGCCGCUCCAGUACAAAUACAAGGCCCCAAGCCCUGAGCUCUGUGAGCAAAUAAGAUCUGUCAGGAUCUCCGAGGCAAUGCUGAAGUGGGCGUGCUGGAUUCUCACAGACAGGGACGUGGAUGCCUGAGCUGAGACCACCUGGAGCCCAAGUGUGCUCUGAGCAGCCUCUUGUCUCAUUUCUUGAUCGGUUCAGCAAACUGCAUGGGAAGAGUAGGUGGGGGGAGGGUGAGGGGACCAAGACCCCCGUCCCUAAGGGGGGGGGCUGGCCUGGAUCCAGAGACCCUGGGUCUAGCGCGGCCAGGGACAUGACCUGCUGGAGGCCAGCACCCCCAGCCCAAAGAGGGGGAAGGCAUCUGUUCAGGGACGCUGGAGCGCAUGAGCUGGGCUCACUCCCACCUCAGUACCAUGCUGUUCCUGUGAUGUUCCUAUCACAGCUUGGAGCAAACAGCCUGGCCUGGCACACAGGAACAAGAGGGAGCAGUUCCCCCUGUACCGUGGGUAGAUACAGUUACAAGGCCCUGGCACCUGCUCCCUGUCCCAAAGCCAGUGCAGUAGUUUGGACAUGUAUCGAUUGGUUUUGGUAGGGUUCUGCACAGUUUGUUAAAAAAAAUAUCCUGCAAGGUUAUGCUGUAGAAAUUAAAAAUAAAAGUCAUAUAUUUUUUAAAUACACAGCUCUUGUAUU